AUGGCGGAAGUCGGACAACGUUAUGUGGAGCAAUUCCAAACGACUGUAGAAACAAUGCGUCGCAGGGGCCUUGCGAUUUAUGAUUACUCAGUCAAAGUCAGUAAUUCUCUGAUCAAGACGGCUGAACGUGCAUACGAAGUGGCUGAGCCUGCGGCGUACGAUUUCUUAGACCACCUGGUUCAAGCCUGUUCUGAUGAUCAACUGGAUUUGGAAGACAAGGAGAACAGAAACAAUAUCCUUGAGCUCUACUUGGGUAAGUCGGCCCUGCAUUGGCAAAGUCUCUUUAUUUCAGCCUUGUGUGUUUUGAUGGUGGGUAUCAGUUCGGGAGAAUUGAUGGGCGCUUUUGUUCUUUGUGGACUGGUUGAGGCAUUGUUCGAUACUUGGGUCCAGAUUGCUCUGCUUGGAUUGGUUCCUUCUUAUGUCUACUUGAGUUUCAGAAAGAAUGCAGGCAAGUAAAAAAAAGUUCACUGAAGACAAUUAAUUAAUUAAAACAUGCUAAGUAAAGUUCUUUAGCCCUGGAUGACACCGAGAAGCGCGUGUGGAUGUUUGGUUGUUGUUUGUCGGAAGGGAUCCUUCUUGGAAAUCUGAUUGGAUACAGAUUGAUUAGCACCGUGCCAGGGGCUUUCUUCGUUGUUCCUUUGGUUUUGGGUUUAUUAGUAGGUUUAAGCUGAAAAUACAUUAAUUCUUGGACGUAAGGCCGACUCUGAAUUCAGCCCAGUCUACGUAUGCAAAGACCGUACUCGUCUGAUCGGUUUCUCCUGUGCUGUUGGUGUCUUGGCCUCGAUCAUAUUCUCCAUAAUUCCUGCUGGAUAUUGUUCUUCAGCUGUUAUCUGGAUGUCUGGGACUCAUAUUGCUCUUCUCUUUGCUCACUAUCAGGUUUGUUUAGACUCACUCUCAGGUUUGCCCUUCUAACAAAAAUUGUUUUAGAUGGUCGCGGCUUCAAUGAAAAACAAGACUUUUGGCAACAGCGAAGCCAUGUUUGGCUACGUGUUCCCCCUCUUGGGUCUCCAGCUGAUCAUCUGUUUGUUCUUUGGAACUCCAGCUCCUCAGUAAAGCAUUGAAAAUAUUAUUAAAAAUAAAGCUUUACUGUUUUGUACAUUCUUGGGAUUUUUUGUGCUUACUGUAACUCCGGAAUAAAAUAUCUUCACUUUUCGUUUAUUAAUCGAAUCCUCAAAACUUAGGUGUGCAUUAUAUAAAGCGCCGGGAUUUCCCUGUUAACAGGCACAAUACAUUAAACGCAGUUCAGAAUUGGGAUGCGUUGUCGUCCUACUUAAAGAAGGAAAAAGUUAUGGAGUGCGGUCAGAAAGGUGGCGGAGACAAAAAGGGAUGAUAGAAAGAGCACGAAGGAGAUGACGAGUCGAGACAGGAGGUGGCAGACAGACCAGAGGAUGACAGACAGCGUCAGCACAAGGCCAUCUGGACGAAGUACGGGAGAGAGCCGGGCAGAGAAAGAGAGACCGAAAAGAGUUAGGCCUUCCCCUUUUUGCGCUCUACCCGCAUUUUCAUCAUGUUUUCCUCUCUUUGCCACCCCGUUUGUUACCCCGCCACUGCCGUUCGUCUUAUAGAUUCGCUUUGAUUUAUCCCCCAUGUCAAGGUGUAGGUGGGGAUAGGGACAGAGGAUUAAGAUCCCUUCAAAGAGCUCAACUCAUGUCCUGGGUGAAACAACGCCUGGAAAGAGGUCACCUUUCUCUUCCUUUUACUUCCGAGGUCAGAGACAUUCAACUUUUUCAGCAACUUUUUGUUUUCUUAUUGCAGAUGAUUUUUGGAAUGAAAAAAUGUGAGUAAGCGUAGUGCCUCUCAGAUUUUAAUUAGGACCGCUAAGACCAAUUUCAAAUUUUUUGGAGGUAUUUUAAUUACUGUGAAUAGACGAAGGGUAGACUAAAUCGUGAUAAAUUAAGAACUAACCGACAGAUAGAAAGGUGAAGAAUCUAAUAUGAACCGAUAACACUUGCAAAUAGCUAUACUGUCUCGAAGCCCUCCUGAAUUAUUUUUCGCUGAAGGAAAUUCAAAACUCAUCCUAUGCCUAGUACUAGGCCACGGCGCAACAAACCUCCGACGAGGAAGCGUGGCUGAGAGUGUGAAAACGAGGUCGUUCGACCGGGGCUAGUGGGUUGUGUCCUUUCCUUCUGGCCGUUGGCCGCUUGUUCCCUUUCCCCUGUCCCCGCUUCCUCGAAGAGCGGAUGAGAUGGGGGAGAAAGAAGAGAAAGCCUCUCUCCCCUCCCUUCUCCCGGUUCAAGUCUCUCGGUGAUGUCGCCUACUAUUGGCAGUUGUUUCGCCUUCUAUUCUGCUUUGACCCUGGGCCCGCACCUGAUCUUCAUCGUUUGUCUGAACUCAUAAACCCUCGGCCAUCGGGAUCCAUCAGUCUUUUCGAGUGCUUACUAAUGCCGGACAUAGAGAUUUGGCAUUAUUACGAGUCUUCAAAGUUUAGUACAUUGUCCUUGUUCGGGAGUAUGAUUUUUCAAAAAGUAUUGUCUCCACUCUUGGUAAAUUCCUUCCAAAAUUAUUCAAAACCCUAGUUCGCGAACCCUUUCGCGUCGAGACUUACUGAUUUUGCUGACAUUCGUUCGUGAACCGAAGAUUAAAUGGAAUUUAAUCAUCGACAGUUACAGCCGCCAGAGGGGAACAUCUUCAUUUGAGGGAACUUGGUAGAAGCUUGGGAACAUCUGGCCAGAAAGGAGACAUAAUGUCUGAUCAAAAGGUAGGUGUGCUGACUUGACCGCUGAUUGAGAUUGUAGAAAGAAGGCUCACCAAAGGAGCAGAAACCAAAAGAAAAGAAGGAAACACCGGCGGAAGGGACACCGACCGCGGCCGACAAGAAGGCCGAGGCCAAGUCAGAGAAGACUGGAGCGGUCGAAAAACGACCGGCUUCUGAAUCUGAACCUCAGCGUGAAAAGGUUGUGAAGAAGACCGCCGUCCACGGAGUUGUCAAGUGGUUCAAUGUUGUCAACAGUAAGUCGACUCUAGAGUCAAGACGUUGUUGUUUAGGGCUCAGCUAACCUAAUUUCUUUUAGGAUAUGGCUUCAUCUUCAGGAAUGACAACAACGAAGACAUCUUUGUCCAUCAGACCGCAAUCGCCAAAUUCAAUCCGAAGAAGGCAAUCGCAUCGUUGGGUGAUGGAGAAGAGGUCCUAUUCGAUGUGGUCGAAGGAGAACAUGGCCCUGAGGCUGCCAAUGUAACUGGACCAAAUGGUGAGCCAGUUGAGGGAUCCAAACAUGCCCCCGACAAACAGAGUCGUCACUUUGGUCGUGGUUACUUCAGAAGAGCUGGCUACAGACCCAAGAGUGAAGGUGAACAGUCCGGAAAUGGCGAAGGCGACGAAGUAGGUUUCACCAAAAUUUCGGGUUGAUAGCACGGAAUUUAAAAUUGAUAUGAAUCCUUUUCAGCGCCGUAGUGGUGGAAGCUUGAGAAGAGGACCUCCCCGUCGUGGUGGAGGAGGAUACAGAGGCGGAUUCCGAGGUCGCAGGAACUUUAGAUCGUCUCAAUCGGCCUCGGGCGGAGAAGAACCCCCACGUGAAAGCGGCGGCAAUGGCGGAGACAACGGUGGCCGACCCCCAAGACGCGGACGAGGAGGGUUCAGAGGUGGCAGAGGUCGUGGCGGACGUGGGGGAAGCCGAGGAAGAGCGAUACGUCCAGCCGCCGGUCCUGCCGAAAGCAGUUAA